GUAAAAUUGUUUGCAUAUUCAUUAUUACCAUCACAAAUAUGCAGAUAUUACCAGGCACCAAAACUGGUGAAUGUGUGUGCGGGACCACGGGCUAGAACAGGUGGAACCGCUGGCACAGAACCUAGAGCACAGCCCCUGCACCUCUCAGGGCACCGGACUUACAGGGCCUCUUGUGCCUGCAGGCCACGGGGCCGGCUACACCGACACGGUGGUGAAGGGAAAUCCGGAGCAGCUGGAGUUCUUUGUCUUUUACAUCAAGGAUGAUUACGUGAUCGCCGCUGCCAGCCUGAACUUCGACCCCCUGGUCUCCGUGGUGGCCGAAGCCCUGUUCUCCGGCAGACAGAUCUCAAAAGCCGAGGCCCAGUCGUGGGACACCGCCUGGCCUCAGGCCACACUGCCUGGGGCUCCGGGGCGCCCGGCGCCGUGAGCCCUCCUCUGGCUCAAAUAAAAGCCUGCACGGACUGCGCUGGAGCCCGGCUCUGCCUGUCAGCGCUGGGGCAGCAACAGGAACAUGCAGUGUGUGUGGUUGGG